AUGGCUUGGCAGUCGCAUAACGCCGGCGGCGCAGGCGAUGGAGGAGGGGCACAAGGUGCUGGUGCUCCAGCUGGUAUUCACCCUGGUCAGCCGACGGGGACUGAAUAUACCCUACAAGGCAAGUACUGGGAUUUUCCUACUUCCCGAGUUUGUGUCAUGCGUUUCCUCCAAACCGAAUGGCAUCGUCAUGAACGUGAGCGGAAUCAAUGGGAAAUAGAAAGAGCUGAGAUGAGAGCUCGCAUCGCUAAGCUGGAAGGGGAGAGUUCGGCGGCUAAGAGGCUGCAGCAGGGAUACCUUAAGAGGGUUAAGAUGCUGGAAUCAGCGCUGAAGCAAGAGAGAUCGAAGAGUGCGAAGGUGAAUGGAGCAGCUUCUGAAGAUUCUGAAGAUCAGCUGAAAAAUAUCAUUCCCGAGAUACCUCAGAUCUCUUUACGUUCAGAAGAAGCGAGAAAGAAGAGCAGACAUUAUCUCGAUGAAUGUCUCAAGGAGAUUACCUACCUUCUUCUCCCCCCGAACCACCCACCUCCUCCUAAUCCUCCUCAGAACAUAGAUCCUAUCACAGGUGCUCCGCUUUCCAUGGAGCAACAGAUCUCGUCUAUCCCACCUUUCCCGCACCAGCUAGCAUCACAGCAGAUACAAAAGUUCCCUGAUACACAGCCGACUGGGAACGGAGUUGCUUUCUCGAGGUCCCUGCACCCCGCUCCGAUUUCGAUCCUCCCAUCCCCUCCUGUAGCACUACCACAUCAAACUUCUCAACCAAAUAAUACGAAUUUACCGUACUCUCACGCCCAUGAAACCCGACAGAACCAUGUUAUAGCCAAGCAGGUUCCUUCUGAAGCCCAGUCUGUCGUCGACACCCAGCUUCCAGAUGAAAUUAUCGAAAAGGUCACAUAUAAGAACGAUGCUCUUGGCGAGCCCUUAGAUUCAGCUGAUACCGGACGUAUCUCUCUUCGUAGAAUUGGUAGGCCAAAAGCUGCGGCCACGGAGUCUAUGGACGAUGCAUGGGAUUUUGAAGAGGAAAAGCCGCAACCACCAGUUACCGAACAACAGCCGCAAGCUGCUCCACCGGGCUCUGCUCGUAGAAAGUCUAUUACUCGUCGACGGCUGUCGCAAGAAGCUGCGCUGAGUGCUUUGAAACAAGAGCCAGGUACUAGUCAUAAGGUCAAGUUUCAAUUGAGAGGGCAUUUAGAUGUUGUCAGGGCUAUUACGUUCACUGGUGGCGGAUCAGCUAUCGAGCCUGAAAUCUGUAGUGGUGGAGAUGAUGGUGUUAUCAAGAGAUGGACUAUUCCUGGUGGCUAUUUGAACCCGGGGAUGUCGGAUGUGGAUGUAGCCUGCACCUUUACCCACAGGGGUCAUACAGCUAUGGUCACCUCUUUAGCAUCCUCUCAUACUGCUAGCCUCUCCGGCGGUCUUAGCAAUGAUUGCGAGGGUUGGAUCUUCUCAGGAAGCGCCGAUACGACGGUGAAGGUUUGGCAGAAGGGCCGGGUUGAGGCCCGAGCUACGCUCGUCGGUCACACCGACGUCGUCUGGGCUGUUUGUGUCCUGCCAAUCAGUCGGUUGGAUGACCGAAUCACUGUUGUUAGUGGAUCCGCCGACGGCACUAUCAAAAUUUGGACUGUUUCUCCGCCUGUCAAGUCUGCACAUAGUAGCGUCCGCAGUACCCAAUCCAACUUCCUGAAUUCUGCCGGCAAGGAAGAAUUUUCGUCUCACCUGGUUACUACAAUCUCUCGUGAAGGCGGAGCUUCCCCAACCGCUAUUACUCCGUUGUCACCUACCGGUGAGACUUUCAUCGUUGCUUGGAACGACGCGAGUGUCUUGAUCUAUGACAGCCAGACCGGCGAGGAGUUGGUUGGGAUGAGCUCCUUAGAGUCAUAUGAUGGAACACCGGCUACGGGUGUUAACACCGUCGUUGCGACCACCCUGGGAAUCAGUGAUGUUGACCCGAAGGAGGGCGUUGAGGAAGAAGCUGUUGGCGGUGGAGCGACUGGUGGAGGUCGUGAUGGUGUCACUGGCGUCGUUAUUGCUGGUACCGAGGAUCGAUUUGUUCGGUUUUAUGAUGCAAAUUCUGGACAAUGCACAUAUAACAUGCUCGCACACCCUGCAGCAAUUUCUUCACUUGCCUUGCAGACCGAGUUAAAGAUGCUAGUUUCUGCCGCUCAUGAUGGUUCACUUAGGUUCUGGGAUUUGGAGAAGCGAGCUUGUAUUCAAGAACUUCCGGCCCAUAGACUUAUGCGUGAAGAAGGCGCUUGUGUCGUUGUUUGGUCUGCAGAUGGCCGUUGGGUCGUCAGCGGUGGUGGUGAUGGAGUUGUAAAGGUUUAUACGAGGUGA